AUGCAGUCCCUCGCCCACCUUCGCAGUACCCUUCUCUCAUUUUCUUCCACAGGAACAGUCGACGACGAACGAGAACUAUUUGAACUCCUGGUUUCUGCACGACCAACCCUCUUGAACCUUUUCGAUGUUCCACCACGAAGUGAAGCUGAACAGAAGGACUUGCGAGAAGGAAAACUCACCAUUAAUGGUGUCAAGCAGAAUGUGAACGCGGAUGGUGGAUACCAGAUCAUCUCCAUAGCCCAAGUUCUCGAUUGCUCCGAGUUCUACGUCGGCUCGCUCGUUCUAUUCGUCACAAGAACCAACCCCAACAUCACUUCCGAACAACUCAUUAUCAAGACCGUAGCAGAGCAUCAUCAAAGACGUGCAGACAUCGUCCAUUGCCUCCGACUAUUACUCGACAUCACCGAAUGUGCAGUGCCAGAACAGUCGAGCCAACUACACAAGCGUCUAGCGGAUUUUGUCACGAAACACCUUCUGGGGGAGGCCUUGGGGCCAAAGAGCCUUACCCAGAAGAUUCUGGUGCAGGUUGAGGCGUUAGAGCAAGCUAUAGCGACAGCACAGACACAAACGCAGAACGCUGUCAGUACGACAGAUGUCCAAGGGCAAAAUAUUAAUUGGGGACAGGACGCCCUCCUCCCGAGAUUGGAGUCACUCAAAUAUGAACGACGGUCACUCGCGACUCUUCUUUUCCUUCUGGUCCGCCUUGGCGCUGUCUCCUCUCACCAAAUCGAGCGCAUGAUUCCCUGGCUGCAAAAUAACCCCCACCAUGCAAUGACAUACUAUAUCCUCACCACCGUCCUCGCUGCUUUUGAUCCCAUUGACCCGCGCUCACGAUCAAUCACGAACCGCCAUGACCUCGCAGUUCAUGCCAGCACGCUCUCACUCAUGAAGAAUAAGUUGAGCCCGACGACGGAGUGGAAGAAUCCCGGGUUGAAGGCAGCGAUUUUACUCAAAUGGACCCUGUUUCUGACAGAGGUACGGCAUCGAGAUCCGACAUUGGAGCAUCGCGAAGGUUUCAAGACGGAGGAACUGGAAACCAACGUAUGGAAUGCCGUUCAGGGAGACGCGUUUACCUACCUCACCUCAUGUGUCGUCGAGCUCGAAAAACGCGAAGGCCACGUUCAAUCAAAUUCUUUCGCCGACUCCUUGCUGCGAUCGGCUCCCGAAGCAGAGCAACAACUACACGAUUUCGUCGGGGAUGAGUUCAAGCCGGUCGUCUUGCGCUCAUUCGAGACCCUCGUCCGUUCAAUCAUCACUCACGCAUCUUCCGAGCUCCGAAAGAUCAAGCAACGACAAGAAGACGUGAUCUUGGCCAACGCUCGUUCCGAUCGCUCGAGGGCUUUCCGCUCAUCCCACACCUCUCGCACAGAGCUCGAUAAAAGCACCUCAAUCACACGGAACGACAUUGCCAUGUUCUUCACUUUCAUCGGCGAACUCUUCUCUGCUCUACCUCCUGAACGUGGUCUACAAUUCUGGGGCUGCAGCCCACCGGGCUCGCAGCCUCUUUCCUGGCUUGAGUAUAACGAAGUAUCGGCCGGGAAACUACCUGCGUUCUUGCAAUGGUCAGUAUGGUCCACCCAGCCACGAGACCUGGACAUGUCUAUCGCGUUGUACAAUAUGCUCGCUGGUCUGGCAAAGGGUCAACAAUGCAGCGAAUUGGCGUACAAUUUUAUGGCGAGAGGUAAUGGUGAGGUCAUCCCGGGGAGCAUGUUGCCACAAUCGAACUCAGCGGCAAAUGGUGCACUUGUUUCCUGGUCCGCCAUCUUUCAACUCCUCGAGUCGUGGGCCGCAGCCAGCUCCUCGGCCACACGUCCACCAGCACCACCCCCUCCUUCGUUUUCGAGUUCGCAAUUUGGCAUGCUUUCGACUCACCACCCUCAGCAGCAUGUGCCACAACAACCACAGUUCACACUGACACCGAAAGACGUCUGGCUUGCUCAAGCCUUCCUUCGCCUCCUCUCCAACGUCGUCACAUAUGCCGUCAACGCACGGACAGCAUUGAGCAGUACCGCACACCUGCGCGCGAUCCCCACUCUCGUGUCGCUCGUUCCUCUUCCUGUACCCGUCGAACUCAAGGGAUCCAUCUUCGCGGCUUUGGCCGCAUUCUGCGAACCCGGUGCUGGCCUUCCCGGUGUCGAGAUCGGUCGUGCGGUGUGGACGCUUAUGGAGCGACUCGAGGUCAUUAAUGUGCGCGGGACCGGAGGCUCGCUGAACAAGAAAGGUGUUGAACUUGAGCUCGAGACGGUUGAGGAGCCGGGUGGACAGUAUCCCGGGACGAUCCCCUUCCUUCGGCUUCUCAGUACGCUCAUUCACACACCCAAACGGCUCCCGCUGAAGAGCCGUGUUGUCGAUGCUGAGCCGAUCAAUACGGUGCCAGAUAACCUUGGACUAGGAUACAGACAGCCCGGGAUAGGGCCGUUCGUCGCUUUCGUGAUCGACCAGGUAUUCUUGAGGGUAACGCUCAGGGAGUAUAGGGUUCAGAAGGAUAGGUGGUUGAUGUACGACCUUUGUUUGGCAUUCAUGGAACGGUCGUUAGCGAGCUUCGACCUUGAGGCCCUUCUGGCGUCAGCGGAGGAGCAACAGAUCAGAGGAGAGUCGUUCCUUCCGUUGCUCGUCCACCCAGGAUACGAAAUCAUGGCCCGGCUGCUCACGAACGCAUCAUCACUCCAAGAAGCCAUCUUCAGGUUUAUCACGAGCGGCAUCGAGCUCCUGGACAAAAACUUCGAGUCAGAGGAACCGGUCUUCAAGAGCACCAUUACCCGAGUUUUGCGAAUCGUGCAUCGAGUGCUCGAAAUUCAGGACAUCUUCCUCGACGUCCUCGUCCCGCUAUCGGCUGAAUAUCCCGACGCGAAUAUGAUCGUUGUAGGUGGCGUUCGCCCGAGAUCGUUCUUCACGAAACUGGACCAGGCGCUCUCGUUCGAAUCGCAUUAUGCACCUGCGAUCGCGGCGUUCGCCCAUCAUAUGCAGCAUCCCGAGGUCGCGCUCCUGUCUGUCAAGAUACUUACCAUCCUCUCGACCUCGGCCGCCUUUCCCAACCUGACGACGAUACUCGCCGAGAGCCCUGAAAGCACGAAGAUUGUCAUCGCCUAUCGUAGCAUCCUUGCUCUCGAAUCUCUGGAAGAUAUCGACGUUGCGGAGGACGACACGGAACAAUACACCGGUGCUGGUGCUCCCGAUAUGGAGGAACUUCCAAUAAGCCUCUCUCAAGCUGUUCGCCUUGCCGCCCUCGACCUCCUCUCCCAAAACACUGCAAAGGGCAGCAAGUAUCCCAACGUUGCCCACCUCAUCCUCCUCCGCGACACCAAGGUGAAGCAAAUCGAAGAUCCCCGUGCCGUAGACUGGUUUGAAACUCCCUUCCAUGUCAUCCUCGAAUGGGUCAACAUCGGUGUGCCCCGCCUUCACACGAAAGGCAAAGAGCGUGAACUCGCCCAGGCAGGUAGCACUCAAGGUCGACCUCUCUUCGAAGGUUUCCCGGAGCUAGCAGAGCGGUACUACAGGAUAUUGUACCAGAUGUGUAUGCAUCGAGACACGUCGGAGAUGACGAUGCGGUACUUGAGGGCGCAGGAGGAUUUCUUUGCGAGGCAACUGGCGGUAUUACCAUUCCAAGUACCGACGGGGAUUGCGGAGCCAACCGUGGAAGUCCAAUACGCGGAUGGGGCGAGGGUGCCGACAUCAAUCUCUGUGCUCACGUCCUUCCUCAGACUGCGGUCAUACAUUUUCGACCUCGUCGCUUUGGAUCUGCACGUCCUGACGAAGAAGGCACAUUUCCGUGGCGUAGGAGAGCUGUUAGAUCUGAUUUACGGGAAUCAGAAGAUAGACGAUGUGGUCGACGAGGAUUGGGAGGACGAGACGUUUAGGCCAUUCAAGCCGCACCAAAUCGGACAGACGCACAUGCGGAUCAUUGAGUUCGUACAGUCACUCUCGUUUGAGUGGGUCGACAGUCUGGCUUUGACUACCGAGGCGGCGGCAGUGGAGCUCGAGUUCCUAGGGGGCUUGGGCUUGGGACAAUGUGUGAAAUUGGACGAGAAGGGAUGCGAGAUUGUCGAUCGCAACGCGUUGCUCGGGAUGCUUUCUACUGCGAGGAAAGUCCUCCACGCCCAAGGCCACAUCGUCAAUCCCGCGCAUCUGGAGAAGUUGGACGCGGAGACGGCCUAUGUUCUGGAAAGUUGCGCGGUGGAGAAUCAUAGGCGGGAGGUUCAAUUCGCUGUGGCGAAUGGGUUCGAGGCGUGGAGGAGACUGGUGGAUAUGACACUCGUACAGUGUUUCGCGAAGCUGCCGAGGGACAGGAGAGAGACAAUGCUCUUUGACCUGUUACAUGAGUUGCCACCUAUCAUCCGAUCAGGCGCGAUCACCGACUCGACAGCUGUUCUCUUUGCUGAGGUUUCGCUCUCCCUCAUCACCAAAAUUCGGGAGGACAGGCGCAGUCAACGAUUGGUCCAAUCUGCCGGUGUGGACUCGGACGCCGGUUCUCUUCCUGCGGAACGUCUCUAUGCCUUAUUCCGAAGUAUAUUGGAAUGCAUCGCGGAUCAUCGUGUUGAACUAGUCCGUGGUAACCUCUACGCCGCGCUAAUCAACUACUUCCACCUCAUCUCAUCCGACUCAUCUCCCGACUCAUCCGACAACAAGGCCGUCAAUCUCAGUCUCUCCCUGGCGGGCUCCACCAACCUCUCACUCCGUGAAAUUUCUUUCCUCAGCGACAGCACCUCCAUGUCCAACUCUCUCCGUUCAGCCACACCCACCUCAUCCCGUUUCUCCCCCAACACUCAUCUUUCAACCCCAUCUGCACUCGAAGAGGGUACCCUCGCUGUCAUGAAGCCCGUUAUCGAGCGACUAAUGACGACCAUUUGUCGAGAUGCGACUGACGGGACGGAAGUUUGGAAGACGGUCGCGUUCAUGCUUUUGGACUGUUUAGUCCACCUGGCAAGGGGGGACAGACAAGCCUUGGUGUUGGGGACGAUGGCAAAGAACGGGUUCCUGAUGAACUUUGCCAGAGGCCUGAAAGAAGCAGAUGAAAGAUUGCAGUCCGUUUUGAAACCUGAUCCUGAUGACCUAAACCCACUGUAUAUCUACGAGGCCAAGAUGUCCUUGUUGAUCCAGGUCGCGCAGACAAGACAGGGUGCUGAGCGGUUGUUGGAGGCGAGGCUACUUUCAACACUGGCAAGUUGUGAUUACUUGGACGCACGGCCAGAAGCCGAUCAGGCCUUCUUGGAUCACGACAGUUUCCUCCCAUCAGCAGUCCAGCGAUACCACCAGCUCUUCAUGCCCGCUUUACAACUUGUCGAUGGACUACUAGCCACACUUGGGCCAAGUCAUGCAACUGCACUGAGCCAGGGCCUUGAAUUCCUCUCGGGCCAUCGAGACACCAUCGUGAUCAUGCUCAAGAGCGAAGAGGAACAACUUUCCUUGUCCGCUCUCGACGAGAUUCAUCUCCUAGUCUCCCUCUGCGCUUCGGUAUUCCCUCAAGUGCCGAAGUCUGAACUUGUCUCCGCCAACUCUGGGUUUGGUAACGUGCAUGCCGCGCUCUUGAGUCUUUCAGCAAGGUGUCUAGGGCACGACCUUUGGGCUCGCCGCAUCCAGCCAUACACGGACACAGAGAAACUGAACGCUUCAAUCAUUGCAUCCGGGUUCGGCGAAGAGACAAAGUUCGAUGUUGAGGUCAUUCGAAAAGAGCAGCUCCUUCGGAAGGCGUUGAUCGUCUAUUUGGGCAUGGCGAGCGAUUUCACAGAGCCGGAGAUUACACUCGUUUUGUCGCCGGUGACGACUACGCCCAGACAUGAAGAGCGAGCGACUCGAUUGAUGGCUACUAUUCCGACCGUGGGGGAUGCUAUCGUAGCUUUGCACGGUAUUUGUGUAGACCUAGCCGACACCUUGAAGCAGAUCGCGGAUAUCACGGCCGAGCUUGCUGCUCGGGAUCAUAUACGCGUCGAGAACAUCGAAGAGCUCGUGAACCUGCCCGACAAGGAACUCCUUGCAGAUUUCAACAUUGGCCAGAAACGGAUGCUCAUAUGUCAGGAAUGGGAACGAUUACGCGGCGAGUUCUUGAAUGAUGCUAAAACGCUCUUGGCCUCUGUGGAGAUGCUCCUUCUGCUACUGUGGCGACACAUCUCCUUCUAUGCCGAGGGCCGCCACAUUAACAAUCCUUCGCUAAAGACGUCGACGGCGGGCUUGGUCCGAUACCUGUCUGCAGCGGCAGACGAGGAUGAGUUCAGAAUGGAUGUAGCGAGGAGAUUGGCGCCGGCGAUACAGAGAGUGGGGGCUUUGGAUCUCGAUCAUGAAUUGACGGGACACGACUGGCGGUCUAAUCUUGCGUAUCUUGAGGUUAUGGCAAGACGGUUGAUAGACGCCAUGGGAAUGCAGGUGGAAGACACGGAAAGUUGGGUGUCUGAUGGGUUUGGGAUCUGAACACUUGAAUGUUUUACCUAUUUUGCUUGCUUGUCUGUUUGUUUGAAUAAAAGUAAGAUAUCUGGGUGAAGGUGGCCGUGUACCCUUCCGCAUCUCUCACAUCGUCGGGUUCGUGUAGUUAGUCUCAUAUUUAUGUUCUGC